AUGGUUGCUCCAACUGCAAAACUGAAAACUGAAACCUCCCAGGAACUCUCUUCCUCAGUGGCCACUCCUUCCAUAAUAGCUCCCAGUAAGCCUGAUCAGAACGAUGAUGAGGUUCUGAUAGAAGCUGGAAGCGUGCCAGUAAAACCAACUCAAAAGGACGAUGAAGAAUCAGAAAAACCCUCACAAAAUGGUGAUGAUAACGACGAAGAUGACAUUAUGAUCUCAGCAGAUGAUACCAACAUUAAUACCACCACUUCCUCCUCUUCAACUAGCAUAAAUAAUACCACUUCCGGUGUCACCCUGGACCAAGAUGGCCGACCAAAGUUCUCCUCAGUUGAAAACUCAGGAGAAAGAGUCAAGUUCGAUCAACGCAACGUGCGUGUCCCUCCCCACCGUCUAACUCCACUCAAAGAGACUUGGGUCAAGAUCUACGAGCCUCUGGUCAACCACCUUAAGCUACAAGUGCGUAUGGAUUUGCGCAAAAAGGAGGUCCAGAUUCGCACAUGCAAAAAAACUACUGACCCUGGUGCCGUUCAAAAGGGUGAAGAUUUCCUGCGCGCUUUUAUGAUUGGAUUUGACAUUGAUGAUGCCGUUGCUCUUCUUCGUCUCAAUGAUCUUUAUACUGAAACUUUUGAAGUCAAAGAUGUAAAGACUCUUACUGGUGAUCAUUUGUCCCGUGCAAUCGGCCGUAUUGCUGGUAAAGAUGGUAAGACAAAAUAUGCAAUUGAAAACGCUACUCGCACGCGUAUUGUGCUUGCAAACUCAAAGAUCCAUAUUCUCGGCGGCUUUGAAAAUGUUAAGAUUGCAAGAGAAACCGUGGUUUCCCUUAUUCUUGGUGCUCCUCCUGGAAAGAUUUACGGCAACCUUCGCAUCAUUUCUUCCAGACUUAAGGAGAGAUAUUAA